AUGCCCAGCUGGCGAACGAUACACACAGAAAUCACAAAAAAAAGACGACCUUUUUCUUGCCCCUUCCAAUUCCCACUCUCUCUCUCUUUCUCUCUCCGAUUUCGAAUCUUUGAGGCUUGCAAUCUGAGACUCGAAUCCAUAACACGUACCUCUUUUUUUUGUUUCAGUGUGUUGGAGUUUUGAUGAACUAGAAGGUUCUUUGUAAGGGCUGUAAUUGAAGGAAUUGUAGAGAAUGGCGUGCAUGGCUUGUAGGGGUUGUUGGGAAUGCUUAUUGAAGAUUUUGAACUUCUUGAUGACUCUUACGGGUCUGGCUAUUGUGGCUUAUGGGGUCUACUUGUUUGUGAUGUUUGAAAAGUCAUCUUCUAGUGAUAUCGCUCCCACCAGUGCAGAUAUGGUACAGCUUGGUCGGCCGAUGCUCAUGGCUGUUUCUCUGUCAAGCAGCUUUUGGGAUAGCCUCCCGAAAGCUUGGUUCAUAUAUUUAUUUAUUGGUGUUGGCGUGGUUCUCUUUGUAAUAUCUUGUUUCGGUUGUAUUGGAGCAGCAACACGGAAUGGAUGCUGCCUGACUUGUUAUGCGGUAUUAAUGAUCUUGCUGAUUUUGGUAGAACUGGCAUGUGCAGCUUUUAUCUUCUUUGACAAAAGCUGGGAAGACGACAUUCCAACUGAUAAAACUGGGGACUUUGAUAUGAUAUAUGAGUUUCUGGACGACAAUUGGGAACUUUUCAGAUGGGUUGCUCUUGGGAUUGUUAUUUUCCAGGCUCUUCUAUUCUUGUUAGCUCUUAUUGUGAGGGCUGCUAACCGACCAGUAGAAUAUGACAGCGAUGAUGAGUAUAUUGGUGUCCCCAGACAACAAAUCCGACAACCAUUGAUGAACAGGCCACCAGUUCCAACUACGGGUGUACCGGUUGCUGGUUCCCUUGAUCAGCGCCCAGGCAGAAACGAUGCUUGGAGUGCACGUAUGAGAGAAAAGUAUGGGCUUGAUACUGCAGAGUUUACAUACAAUCCAUCCGAGUCAAACAGGUACCCGCAAGCAGCAGCACAACCAGCAGAGGAGCGGGGUCGUUGUACUAUCUUGUAAUUGCCAUCUUGGUUUUGCACAAAUUUGAAAUUGGGUCGGUGUCUGGAAACUGAUUUUCAUUGACUGGUAGAUUGAAUUUGUAAAUUUAAGAAGACAAAUACUCUUUCUUUUGUUGAGUUUGUGUACAAAACACAAUUCUCAUGAGCUUUACUCAUUGCUUCCCCACUCAGUUUGUUUCUUCUCAAAAUGACAUCUUCCCUUUGAAAUGCAUUGUCAUUUGGUUUGUACAAUUAAAUGCUAGAUUCAGAUUUGUUAAUCAAUUGAAGACGAUUUUGGAAUAUGUACCGGGGAAUUCAAGACUUGUGUAAAAUGGUGCCUAUAUUUUUCA